AUUAACUUGUACAUUUUUGUACACAUGUAGUAAUGAUGUGGUUAAUGUGCCAACAGGUUCGUUACAGGCCAAAUAUAGCCGUUAUCAGCCACCGCAGCAUGAGUGUGCAGUUCACCAGAGUGAGCGCUGAGCGUAUCAACACAUGUGAAGUGUAACUGAAUGUGUCAGGGACAGAUGACAGAUGAAGCCACAAAAAACCACAAGCUGCAAGAAGACCAUUGAGAAAAGGAGCUAUUUCCUCAGAGUGACCUCAGCUGCCCCACUCACCACGUCCUCUCAAUCCUGAUUAUCAAAUCCGCUCAUAUCUCGGUCCACAAGACGGAAGUAAAAAAAAAAUGAAACAAAGAAGAUGGGGAUGAGGACGUUGAGUGUCUGAGAGUCUCUUCACUUCACCAGAGAGGAUGGACGAGAGACACAGAGCAAUGUUGGUGUUUUUUUUGCUCUGUUUCAUUGGAGAUAUGCCAGCAGAAGGCCACAGUCUGGACGUGUGUGCCACCUGCCACGCUAACGCCACAUGUGAUGACAAGUUAGACGGCUCUGGCAAAGUUUGUAACUGCAAGUACGGCUUUGUUGGAAACGGAAGAACCUUCUGUCAAGACAAAGAUGAGUGUCAGAUAGGAGCCAGUAGGAUCUGUGGGCAUCACACCACCUGCCACAACACAUACGGCAGCUACUACUGUAAAUGCCUGUCCGGCUACAGCCCGUCUAACAACAUGGACGUCUUCAUCCCAAAUGAUGGAACCCACUGCCAGGACGUUGAUGAGUGCAGGAUGACAGGGCUGUGUGGAGAGGGAGGUCAAUGCAGGAAUCUUGAGGGCAGUGUUGACUGCAGCUGCCGGCUGGGAUAUCAAGUCCACAACGGAGCGGAGCCCUUCCACCCUUACGAGGACAGAGCUUCCUGCAAAGUGGUCGACUGUGGCCAGCGUACCUCAGUGGACGACACAGUGCUGCUGUCAGUCACAGGGACCACAUACGGCAGUGUGGCCAUGUUUGUUUGUGAUGAAGGCCUUGUGUGGAGGAGCGGAGACAACAGCUCUGUGUGUGGAGCUGAUGGACUGUGGAGAGGAGCCGACAUGGUCUGUGAAGAGGUUGACUGUGGCUCUCCCCCUGCCCUCCCUCACUCUCUUAUGCUGUGGAAUAAGAGCUCAAGGAUGGGCACCGAGGUGCUUUAUCAGUGUAACUCUGGAUAUCAUAAUGUUGGAAAGGGCAAUGUUUCCAUCUGUACUCCUGCUGGACAGUGGGAGAAACCGUCUGUGCUCUGUCAAGGUACACCGAUAUACAGUUUCUUCUUCUUUCUCUCUUUGCACUUUAACUUCCUGAGUCGAGUAAACCGAAAGGGAAUUAUUAAUCUGAAUCCUGGUGUUCAUGUUACAUGGUUGUGGUUCAUGUUAUUCCCUGUAGAGACCUUAUGUGGAAGUCCUCCUAUAAUUGAAUCCACUGAGCAGGUGUGGGACAGUAAUUCAACCCCUGGCAGCACUGUGCUCUAUGUUUGUAAAAAGGGCUUUUAUAACAAAGGAGGACAUAAUGUCUCGAUCUGUAAUGAAGACGGUCAGUGGACCCCCACAACUCUGUUUUGUCGAGAGAUAUUAUGUGGAGAUCCUCCUAUACUGCCUCACACCGGGCAAGUGUGGAAUGGCAGCUCCACUGCUGGAAGCACACUGACUUACUACUGUAAAAUAGGGUUUUAUCACAAUGAAGGAAACAACAUGUCAUUGUGCACAAUUAAUGGUUACUGGACAAAACCAAACAUCUCAUGCAAAGAAGUUGACUGUGGUGAGCCCCCACCCAUCCCUCAUUCAGUCAUACUGUGGGAUAACAUCUCCACUGUGGGCUCUCAGGUUGUUUAUCAGUGUAACUCUGGAUAUGGCCGUGUUGGAGAGGGAAAUGUCUCAGUUUGUACUGCCAGUGGAGAAUGGGAUGGAGCCUCUCUGCUCUGUCAAGAAAUCAAUUGUCAAGAGCCUGUUUUUAAACCUCAUGCUAAAAUGCUAUGGGAUGGCACAUCACACAUUGGCAGUGUGGUGCAUUACCAAUGUGAGGAAGGCUAUUACACCGGGAGCCUGAGGAACUACUCAGUAUGUGGAGAGAAUGGACUGUGGGAGGAUAUUGAUCUAUGCUGUGAAGAAGUAAGCUGUGGGCCCCCACUAACCCUCACCCAUACUAACCUCCGGUGGGAUGGCACCAGUAGACCGGGCAGCGUGGUGCUGUACGAGUGCACGGAGGGAUUUUACCAGGAGAGGGAAACUAAUAUUUCGACAUGUCUACUAUCAGGACAGUGGGGGGAAGUGUCUGUAAAGUGCAAAGCCAAAUGUGGCCCGGCUCCUUUCCUCGCCAACUCAGAGGUGAUGUGGCAUAACAGGAGCGUGGUGAUCCACCGCUGUGUGGAUGGAUAUCACAGCUGGAGGGGCAGCAACGUCUCUGUGUGUGGCAGCUCUGGGGUGUGGCAGACAGCUACACUGAGAUGCAUAGAGAUAUUAUGUGGAGAUCCUCCUAUACUGCCUCACACCGGGCAAGUGUGGAAUGGCAGCUCCACUGCUGGAAGCACACUGACUUACUACUGUAAAAUAGGGUUUUAUCACAAUGAAGGAAAUAACAUGUCAUUGUGCACAAUUAAUGGUUACUGGACAAAACCAAACAUCUCAUGCAAAGAAGUUGACUGUGGUGAGCCCCCACCCAUCCCUCAUUCAGUCAUGCUUUGGGGUAACAUCUCCACUGUGGGCUCUCAGGUUGUUUAUCAGUGUAACUCUGGAUAUGGCCGUGUUGGAGAGGGAAAUGUCUCAGUUUGUACUGCCAGUGGAGAAUGGGAUGGAGCCUCUCUGCUCUGUCAAGAAAUCAAUUGUCAAGAGCCUGUUUUUAAACCUCAUGCUAAAAUGCUAUGGGAUGGCACAUCACACAUUGGCAGUGUGGUGCAUUACCAAUGUGAGGAAGGCUAUUACACCAGGAGCCUGAGGAACUACUCAGUAUGUGGAGAGAAUGGACUGUGGGAGGAUAUUGAUCUAUGCUGUGAAGAAGUAAGCUGUGGGCCCCCACUAACCCUCCCCCAUACUAACCUCCGGUGGGAUGGCACCAGUAGACCGGGCAGUGUGGUGCUGUACGAGUGCACGGAGGGAUUUUACCAGGAGAGGGAAACUAAUAUUUCCACAUGUUUACUAUCAGGACAGUGGGGGGAAGUGUCUGUAAAGUGCAAAGCCAAAUGUGGCCCGGUUCCCUUCCUCGCCAACUCAGAGGUGAUUUGGCAUAACAGGAGCAUGGUGAUCCACCGCUGUGUGGAUGGAUAUCACAGCUGGAGGGGCAGCAACGUCUCUGUGUGUGGCAGCUCUGGAGUGUGGCAGACAGCUACACUGAGAUGCAUAGAAGUAAGCUGUGGGCCCCCACUAACCCUCCCCCAUACUAACCUCCGGUGGGAUGGCACCAGUAGACCGGGCAGCGUGGUGCUGUACGAGUGCACGGAGGGAUUUUACCAGGAGAGGGAAACUAAUAUUUCGACAUGUCUACUAUCAGGACAGUGGGGGGAAGUGUCUGUAAAGUGCAAAGCCAAAUGUGGCCCGGUUCCCUUCCUCGCCAACUCAGAGGUGAUUUGGCAUAACAGGAGCAUGGUGAUCCACCGCUGUGUGGAUGGAUAUCACAGCUGGAGGGGCAGCAACGUCUCUGUGUGUGGCAGCUCUGGAGUGUGGCAGACAGCUACACUGAGAUGCAUAGAAAUAAAGCCACCUGUCAGUCACCUAGUUGUCCUCAAUGAAAAAUGUCUGCAUUGGAGAGCAGAGAAGCAUGAGGAGGAUACAGAAGUAUACAAGGUGACAUACAUAGGAUCCAGAGACUACCAGAGCUCCUUUCACGAUACAAGAAAGCAGUUUCUGAGCUCUAAGGCAGACCAGCUGGAACUCUGUCUGAACCUGCUUCCAGUCACAAACUACAGCAUCUCCAUCAUUGCAGUGUCUUCCAGAUUCACUAUCACCAUCACCACCAACACAAGUUUACCAGUGCCUCCAGCACCAGUUGUCUACUAUAGAGAAUUUGAGACUCCUGUACCAAAUCUGAGGCUACGCAGAUCACCCAACACACUGGACCCAAUAAGUUUGUACCAGGUGUUUGUGCUUCCUGUAGAGGGGAUUACGAUGUUUGACUGUUCCUCUCCUGCGAGCUCGGGCCCCUCAAGCGAAAUAAAAUCCUCAACAGAGUACAUCACUGCCCAGAUUGAUGUCAGACAUGUCGGGACAGAGAUGAACUUUACUGUAGGAGAUGGACUCGACUAUGGAGGCUUCUUUAAUGCACCACUGGAGAAUGGCCGGAACUAUUAUAUCAUCUUACGAGCUGUCAGUCAGUGGAAAUCGGCUUUAAAAAGUUCCUGUGUCCUGUGGGCUAAAGUAAGAGAUACAUCCUAUGUUCUGAGGGUUUCAUCUCUGGUUGCUGCUGCAUCAAUAGGACUGGUUGCCUUGGUCAUUUUGGGCAGAUACAGUUUCACCUGGUAUGGAGGAUGGUACAAUACAGUAUAUUACACACCCUGUUAAUAUCAUUUCAUGUGUGAAACAACGGUAUGUUAAUUCAAUCAAAUGUUCACAGUCUAAAUUGAUUCUAGUGUUUCUGGAAGUAUAAAAGAUUAAGUACAUGCAUGAUCAGUGGAUAAUUCAAUAUUAAUAUUAUUGUUAUGCUUUAUUGAACCAUUUAUUCAUAACAUAGUAGUUAUGAAUUGUAAUCAUAGCCUGCAAAUUAAAUAUUAAUUUUUGUUUUGUUUCUGGUGACAAAAUACAGCAAUACUGCAUAAUAUAGUAAAAGUGGCCUGUUAUAUUUCACUAUGAACUAGAAUUGCACUCGGAGAGCGCAGAACUUCGCCAAGGUGCCUGACUUUAAAAACAGAUCACAGCUCACAGCUGGCGGUACCGUGAGGUGGUCGGCUCAUUAUUAACACGGUGUGUUUCCGUGUAACGUAUC